AUGCGGCAGGUCUCCGUUGGUGAUAUGCAAACAGAACUCGGAAAUCAACCAGUAAGAAGAUAUCUUCCACUCUAUUCAACCACAAACAGAAAAUGUGAAUCCGUCCUCCAACACCAAUUCGGCUAUCCAGUCCGAUUCAAGUCAUUAAGCUGUCAUAGGCACAUACUGCAUCAGAAGAUCUACGCCGCUGAAAGCUGGUUCGUUGUUCAAGACAAGGAAGAUGGGAACUUUCCUCCACUAACCUUAUGUUUCUCCCUACAUUUGAAGUUAUGCACCGUCGCAUCAUAUAUUCACUUCAACGCAGGAAUUGAUUUCAAAAUUAGUACAAACUUUCAGCGAGCGAGCGAGCGAGCGAACAAACGAACGACGAACGACGAACGCACCGGUAGACUGCGGACAUACAAUGUUGCGGUCAUAGUAACCAUAGCAAAUGCUACCUUGAAUCAAAUCCAACCAACUGUCAAAGCACCUGAUUAG